CCUCGUGCUUGUGUCAGCUUCCAGCUCACACAGAAGACCAACGAUCAGCUGAUCGAGUCUCCGAGGAUUUCAUGGUCAGAAACAAAUAUUUAAUUUUUUAUCGAUUAGAUUUUUAUUGAUUUUUUUUAAAGAUGGGUGCUGCCGGAUUCACGUGCUCCAAAACCUGUCUGUGCGCGCUCAACAUCCUGUAUGUGAUGGUGAGUCUGCUCCUGGUCGGCAUCGCGGUCUGGGGCAUGUGGUUCGGUCUGGUCUCCAGCUUCCAGGUGGUCGGUGGGGUUGUAGGGGUCGGGGUGUUCCUCUUCCUCGUGGCUGUGGCCGGACUCAUAGGGGCGAUGAAGCACCACCAGGUCCUCCUCUUCUUCUACAUGAUCGUCCUCUUCAUGGUCUUCAUCGUUCAGUUUUCUGUCUCCAGCGCCUGUUUGGCCGUCAACAGAGAACAGCAGGAGGAGCUGUUGGAGGUCGGCUGGAAUAACUCUCAGAGCACUCAGAGAGACGUGGAGAAGAGUUUAAACUGCUGUGGAUUCAGAGAGGUGGACAACAACCACACCUGUGAAGCUGUGUGUUUUCCGAACCAUGCGUGUGUGCCGUGUGCAGAGAAGAUCCAGGAGCAUGCAGGAGAGGCUCUGCGGUUUGCGGGGGGCAUCGGCCUCUUCUUCAGCUUCACAGAGGUCGUGGGGGUGUGGCUGGCUUAUCAUUACAGGAACCAGAAGGACCCUCGAGCCAAUCCCAGCGCCUUCCUGUGACCCCCCCUCAUACUGACCUCCCCACAACGGACCAGACACACCUGUGUGUGUGUCCACUGAUGCUACUGAUGCUGCUGGUUUAAUAUGAGUGUGCGUGUGUGUGUGUGUGUGUGUGUGUGUGUGUGUGUGUGUGUGUGUGUGUGUGUGUGUGUGUGUGUGUGUGUGUGUGUGUGUGUGUGUGUGUGUGUGUGUGUGUGUGUGUGUGUGCGUGCGUGCGUGCGUGCGUGCGUGAUCAAUAACACUCUGACACUCUCCUAAGUGUGUGUCAGCGUGCACAGGUGUGACACACACACACACACAGACACACAUAACAUUAACAAUAUCACUGACACACACUCAGCACAUGUUUUAUAUAUGUUUUUUAACUUAUUAAUAUGAGGUCACCCACGGCUUUCAGAGGAUGAUCCACCCAUGUAUAAAGUGUGUGUGUGUGUGUGUGUGUGUGUGUGUGUGUGUGCGUGCGUGCGUGCGUGCGUGCGUGCGCGUUAAGGAUUUUGUGGAGGAAACAGUGAUGUCUGAUCAUCAUAAUCCUCAUCAGUAAUGUUGUAAAUAUGAACGCUCUUAUUGUGAAAAGCUCUUAUGAAACAUCAAUAAUAAUCUAAAUCUCUCUCAUGACGAUGAUUAAGGGAACAAAGCUCAAUCAUCUGCUCGAACUAAUAAAGUUUAUUCACACACACUGAUUUAACGUGAUUACUUCACUGUUUAGAAACAUUCCACAGGUGUGGCUCAAUAGGAGAAAUAUGUAACUCUGACCCCUAGUGUUUAAAAUGGGUACUGCAGUCUAAAUUCUAAACAUUGUAGAGAGCUGUCUCCCCCCGCCCCUUCAUCUCUAGAGUGGAUGCUCUCUCAGGUCGCCAUGUGGUGGACACUGAAGCUUCAGUGUUUAGCCAGCUCUGCAUCGGUCUGUAAACCUUUCUGUGUUCUAACCUCUCUCCAUUUUUCAAAAAGCAUCUCCAAUAUUGAUCCUAGUUUGAACAUGUUUCUGCUCGUGGAGCUUAUUAGAAACAUGCAGAGGCUUUUUAGGUCGGGUACAAUCACUUCUAUCUGACCAUUGGCCAAAUGAGCGUCAGCGACAAAAUCAGCUUGAUGCUAUUGUUUCCUAUUUUAAUGUCUUAACUGCCCGCGAGCGACGCAGCACGCCGUUCAUACCCGACCCUCCUGUAUUCUAUUUUACUCUCUGUCGCUAACGUAGGACGAGGAAGGAGGGAGGCUCUAAAAGGCCCUGGCACUCACUUCUCUCCCUCAGCAGAGCUCGUUAGCUUGUAUUACAAAGUGGAGAUAACGGAGCGUUAAUAAUAUCCGUAUCCAUGGUUGAAAUGUUGAGCUUUGACUUGUGUCAACACCGGAGAAAAAAAGUUUCAAGCUCAUCGCGAGCCGUUUAUUAACAAGCCCUGUUUGAGUGUUGUGAUUUGAGUCACCAGCUCGUCAAGACGCCUCACUUCCUUUUAUCCACCUCCAACAC